AUGCGAUCGCCGUUUGUCUUCGUCUUUGGGCUUUCCACCCUCGUUGCGGCUGCUUACGCCGUAACUCCACCGGCGGCCACUCCACCGGCUGCCACUCCACCGGCUGCCACUCCACCGGCGGCCACGCCGCCAGCGGCUACUCCUCCAGCGACUCCUCCGGCGACUCCUCCUUCUUCUUCACCGCCCUCAGCAUCUCCUACCCCAGCUGCGGCCGCAUCACCCACUGCAUCCGCUUCGCCCACGACCUCCGACACCCUGAGUCAGGAAUUGGCCAGGCUGGAGCGUGAUAUUGGCGUGCUGGAAGCUGAAGAGCGGUUUGGAGGUAGGCGUGGGAGAAGGCGGCAGUGGUUAAGGCGUCGAGGAGGGCGUCAGGGAAGGGGCCAGGGAAGGGGUCAGGGAAGGCGCGGUGGAGGCUUUGUAGCUAGGCGUCGUCGAGGAAGACGCCAACUUCGGGGUUGA